AUGUCAACAACUACAUUAAGUAAUGUCGCUCUGUCAUUUCAAUCUGGUGCUUUUGUUCGACCAUAUUUUGAGCGCGUUUUUUUCGAGAUCCAGAUUGAAAAUGAAAUUGAUAAACAAUGGAAAAUACCCUUUGCAGCUAUAAACAAUGUAAGUUACAAUCAAGACGAAGAUGAAGUACUCUUCAGCAUGGGUAGUAUGUUUCGAAUCGUCGAUGUCGAUACAUGGAUCGAUGAUCUUUGGCUCGUCCAACUGACAUUACUUGAACAUAGCUGCAUUGAUGAAUCUCUUAGAGAAUUUUUUUUUAAGGAAAAAUAUUGGUGA